AUGUCAUCAAACGACGGACCGGUCGUCGCCCCUGCUCCUGUGGAGGUCGAUGAAAAUGAGCCCCCAGCUACCCCGAUAGAGUCCAGUGUCGUCUCCGGAGGCGAAGAGUUGGUUAAGACCAGCCCCGAGGUAUCUAAGGAAAGUCCUGCGACCUCUCCGGCGAAGGCUAGCCCUGGUACACCUGGCACCGCGAAGCGUCCUGUAUCUGGAACAGCUACCACCAAACGGCCCACCUCGUCCUCUGCAUCGAAGCCCACGACGGGUACCGCCCGCACGAGCACCAGCACGCUGAACAAACCUCCCACUCGUCCCUCGACCACGACAACCACCCGGAAGCCACUGAGCACCUCGACCGUCUCGUCCCACCGGUCUCGCAUGUCAGUCAGCAGCUCUGCAGAUGAGAAACCUCGGUCUGUGGCGAGCUCGGGAGAUGAGAGACGGGGAAUCUCUGGCACUGCGAAGCGCAUGUCCAUGGCCGGUACCACCUCCACCCGCGCUCCUCUCAAACCUACCUCGUCUUCUAUCGAUCGUAGAUCGAGUGUCGCUGGUACUACCCCCGAGCGGAAACCUGCCACCACAACUGCACGCACUGCGACCUCGACGAGCAAGCCCGUGGGCAGGCUGACUUCAUCGACGACACCUGCAAGCCGGACUGCCACUUCCACCACCACUAGACCUGCUACUACUCGACCAACCUCGACUACGAGCGCUGUUAGAUCUACCACCGCAGCUGACCCCAAGAAGCGACUGAGUACGGUUUCUGGCUCAAUUGGCCGUGCCGGUGAUUCCGAGAAGCUACAGGCCCUUCAGACUAAGCUCACAGAGAGCGAGGAGACCGUCGCUAGUCUGAAGACUGAAUUGGAGACUGUCAAUGAGAAGCUCAGCCAGCUUUCCGUCUCGACCGAAGAGCCCUCGGGCGAUGCUGGUGCCACCGAGGCUAGUCGCGCGGAUCACACCGCAGAGAUUGAGAAAUUGACAUCAGCCCAUGCGGAGGAGCUCCAGGCCCUGCAAGCGCAACUAGACGAAGCGAAGUCCCAGCGGAAAGAGCUAGAGGAGAGCUCGCAAAAAGAGCUGGAGGAAGCUAGACAGUCUGCCGCCGCGCAAGGGGAUGGCAGAACAGUUGUCCUUCUUGACGAGCUCAAGUCAACACACCAAACUCAGCUUGAGUCCAUCGAAAAAGAGCUGGCAGAGCACAAGUCUGCAGCUACUCACUUCGAGGAGCAGAUUAGUGCUCUGAAGAAGGAACUCGAGUUCCAGAAGCUUGCCCUGGAGGAAGAGAAAGCUCUGGACCUCGACCGUUUCAACCGAGAACUCAAGGGACGUGAGCAGGUCCUGGAGAACCUUAACACGGAGAUUGUUAAGCUGACUACGCUCAAGGAGCAGGAGGUCCGUGCUGCGGAGGAGUCUGCUCAGUCGAGUGUCUCUGGUCUUCAAGAGCAAGUAGCCUCCCUCGAGGCGAAGCUUGCUGCGGCCGAGUCUCUUACCAAGCAGAGAAGUGAGCAGAACACUUUGAUUGCCGAGAAGGACCAAGAAAUCACCGAGCUUAAGCAGGCUCUUGAGAAGAUCCACACUGAGCUCCAGGAGGCACGCGAGACCGCCGCCAGUGAAUUGUCAUUAAAGGUCGAGGAGUUGGAGACUUCCCAUGAGGCUGCUAUCGCAAACCUUAAGGCCGAACAUGAAACUGCUAUCAGUGAUAUUUCGGCUUCCCAUGCGGAGAAGCUCGCUGUUGCCAUGGCGGCGGCGGAAUCGAGCGGGGCAGAACACACCACGCAACUGCAGGAACUCCGCGAUGCCCUCGAGGAGUCGAAGGCCACUGCCAAGAAAGGACAAGGAGAUGCCGUUGCUGAACUUAAGACCGCACAUGAAGCAGAACUAAAAUUGCUGCAAGAAAAGCUGGAGGCUUCCGAGAAUGCCCUCGGUGAGUCCCGCCGUGCUCUCGAUGAGGGUAACGCCUCUGCCCAAGACCUUGCCAUUCAGGAGAUCGACGCUCUUCGACACAAGUGUGAGUCGCUAGAAUCGCAGUUGACCACUGGCACUGGGAAAAUCAACAAGCUGCUCGAAGAGAUGCAGAUCAAGCAAGCCGAAGCCGAAGCUAUCCACCGCACCCUACGGGACGUUGAAGAUCACUCCAAGCAGGAGGGUGUUCAGAAGGACAACAAGAUGAAGGCUCUAGAGCAAAAGGCUGCAGAGGCCGCAUCUCUUCUCGAGCAACACACCCUGCAGGCUGCCGGUGUGGCUGAAAAGCACGCACAGGCUCUGGAAGACUUGAAGGCUGAGCAUGCUGCUCAGCUCGCGUCCGAAUUGGAGCGGGCCAAGGAGGCAUCGGGCUCCCAUGACAGCGCUCUGAGAGAUCUUCAGACGAAGCACGAUGAGUUGCUUGCCGCAAACAAGGAAUUGGAGUCUACCCACGCCACCCGGGUCCAGUCACUUGAGGCUGAAUUGAAGGCGGUAAUUGAAAGCCACGCUCGUGAGAUUGCUACGCAUACCGAGGGUCGCGAAAAGGAGACUGCCGAACUUCAGAAUGAAUUCAAAGAGACUCAGGCGAAGUUGCAAGCCGAGCUUUCCGCUUUGCAGAGUUCUAGCAAAGCUGAUGCCGAGCUUCACGAGCAGCAAAUUGCCGAACUGCAAAAUGGCUUUAAAGAGACCAAGGCCAAAUUACAGGCUGAGAUUGAGGCUGCGCAAACUGCCAAGGCCGCUGAGUUCGAUGCCGAGCACGGAAAGGCAAUUGAGCAGCUUCUAACUAUGCACGAGUCCAAGCUGUCUGGCCUUAAGGAGGAGCUCGAAGCUUCUAACAAGAGCAAGAUUGACGAUCUCCAGAAGGCUCACGAGGCAGCCCUGGCCAGUGUCAACCAGCAGUUGUCUCAAGCUAAGGCUGCUGUCCAAGACACCUCCGCUCUGGAUGACUUGAAGGCCAUGGUCGCUGAUCUGCAGUCCAAGCUUGCUGACUCUGAGAAGGCCCACCUUGCGGUACAAGAAUCUGCCACCACUGCUUCCAGGGAAAUCGAGGGUCGUUACUCAGCUGAGCUCGCCAAGAUCCAGGCUGAUCAUGCUGCACUUGGAGAGAAGUACCAAGCCGCCGUCGCCCAGGUGGGUGAACUCGAGAAGCUUGCCAAGGACUCGGACGGCCAGAAAUCGCACCUCGAGUCGAUCAUGAAGCAGCUCUCUGAAUCCCGCGAUCAACUUCUCAAGGUCAAGGCGGAUAACGCUGCCAUCUCCGACUCGCUUGUUGAUUGCAAGAACCAAAAUAAGACCCUGUCCGAGAAACUUGAAGCUGGCGAACGCGACCUGAACGAUCAGAUCGACAAGAACAUGGGUCUCCUCAACCAGCUUGGCGACGUUGAUUCCGACAUCUCUGCCAGCCGGCGACGGGUCCGCGAACUCGAAACCGAGCUCGCAGUUCUGAAGGCGGACAGUGGCGAGAAGAGCAGCUCUUCGGGCUUGGAGGCUAGCCGAUGGGCGACAGCUGAUGAGGGUAGCGAGAACGCUGAAGAUGGGGGUCCAGCCACAACGGAAGGUGAGGACCUAGGCCCAUCCAUUGAGGGAACGAUGGCAAGCAUCCAGGAACAGCUUAAGCACAUCCGAACAGCCAAUGAUGAUUGGUACAGCGAGCAUCACAGACUCAUUGGCGAACUUGCCCAACUCUCCCGGCAAGCAUCCUCCGAGUCUCUCAGCCCCUCGACCACACCUAAUUCCGAAGUCCCACCAGCCCCCGAGCCAGAACCUGCUCGCACCCGCGCAGCAACAGUCUCAUUUUUCAGUAAACGCUGA